GUCUCUCUGUGCACUAACUAAAAGAAAGAAAAUAAAAAAGGAUCAGAUGGGCGCGCGCUCCUCAUGCCAUGGCCAUUCUCUCUCUCUUCGAUUGCUUCCUCUCUAGGGUUUCUUUUCCAUCUCUCUUCAUCUGAAAACCCUAGAAAACUAGGGCUAGAUCCUCCUCAAAUGGCGAUUACUCCAAAUUAAGGUUUAUCAAUGGAGUCAGAGCUCAAGGACUUGUCAGCUUCGAAGCAAAUCUCUGCGGAGCCUGGCGACGAAAGCCAUCCCGAGAGCUCGAGAAAGGACGAGAGGCCUCUCCUCAAGAUUGGUUCUGAAACUGUAGUUUAUGAUCUCGCGGAAAUGGAGAAGAAGUAUGCGGCCUAUGUGAGGCAUGAUAUCUAUGGGACGAUGGGGCAAGGUCCAUUUCCUCUGAUUGAGAAGCUGCUUCUGGGUUUCGCCAUUGUUACCCUGGUGCCUCUUCGAUUUGUUCUUGGGCUUUUGAUAUUGUUCGUGUAUUACUUGAUCUGUAGGCUCUGUACUCUCUUCUCGGUUCCUUUUAGGGAGGAGGAGCAAGAGGAUUAUGCUCACUUGACUGGGAUUAGAAGGACUGUUAUUGUGCAAUGUGGAAGGUUAUUGUCGAGAGCGAUGCUCUUCGUGCUAGGAUUUUAUUGGAUCAAAGAGACCUAUCGAAUUCCUGAUCAAGUUGGGUCCAAUUCUGGUGAAAAAUUGGCUGGAGAGAAUGAACAUACGGAGGUUUCAGAUCGGCCUGGGGCAAUUAUAUCUAAUCACAUAUCAUAUUUGGAUAUUCUUUAUCAUAUGUCAUCCUCUUUCCCAAGCUUUGUUGCAAAGAGAUCAGUGGCUAGACUUCCCCUAGUUGGUCUUAUCAGCAAGUGUCUAGGAUGUGUCUAUGUGCAGCGAGAGUCAAAAACAUUGGACUUCAAGGGUGUUUCAGGUGUUGUGACAGAAAGGGUUCAAGCUGCCCAUCAGAAUAAACUUGCUCCAAAGAUGAUGCUUUUUCCGGAGGGAACAACUACCAAUGGUGAUUUUCUUCUUCCCUUCAAAACUGGUGCAUUCCUUUGUAAAGCGCCUGUCCUGCCUGUGAUUCUACAAUAUCCUUACGAGAGAUUUAGUCCAGCAUGGGAUACUAUAUCUGGGAUACGUCAUGUAUUUUUGCUUUUUUGCCAAUUUGUAAACUAUAUUGAAGUGAUUCAUCUCCCCGUAUAUUACCCUUCACCAGAAGAGAAGGAAGACCCCAAGCUGUACGCUAAUAAUGUGAGGAAGCUAAUGGCUAGUGAGGGAAAUCUUAUACUUUCAGAUAUUGGGCUAGCUGAAAAAAGAAUUUACCACUCUGCUCUGAACGGUUAAUUAUUUAGCCGCUAAUUGCAAUCCGAGGCUAUUACGGGCCUAAACACUAGUUCUAGGUUGCAUAGAAAUUGAAAAUGAGGAUUUGUAUUUUGCCCUAACCCUAGGAACGCUUAAGAGCUUUUGGGGUUUUGAAUAAGGCACGAGUGGAGCUUCAAGAGCCUUACAGUGGACCUCAACCCUCAAGCCUAACCUGACCCAUUACUGUCUUGUAAAUCUCUACCUUUUUCUAGGUUAUCCUCAUCACGUUCUCUGCCUAUCCCUUUUGUUUAAGCCAUAUUUGUAAACAGGAGAAGCCUAUUUUAGCUUCUGUAAAAGUUCUAUUUCUCCCUUGUUAUGCAACUUGUGUACUAGCAAGAGUAUGGAAAUACUCUUGGAAAUUGGAUUAAUUUUUUGGCAAUAUGCUUCAUAGUUUAUUGGUA